CGGAACUACUGCUUUCACUGUAAUGGCAAAUAUCAACCUGGUCGCUUAGUUGCUUGCGUAUUAAGGGAAAAGGCGUUGCAGACAAAAACUGUCUAAUUCUUCGAGAGGCAGAAGAGCGCAGGGCGGGACUUUGAAAGCAAUCUAGGAACUAUCUUUUGGCUCUAGGAUGUCUAAAGAAAAGCAGGCAGUGGACCGUGCCAGGAAGGCAUUCCUCACAGGACGUACAAAACCACUGGAGUACCGCAUUCGACAGCUCAAAGCUCUCCAGCGCUUCAUAAAUGAGAGGCAGAAGGAAAUUGCAGAUGCACUUAAAAAGGACCUCAGCAAGAGUGAGGCUGGUACACCUUUAUAUGAGACCUUGGGACUGGAAAGUGAGAUCAACCUAGCAGUGAAAAAACUGGCUGAGUGGGCCGCCCCCCGGCCUGUGACCAAGAACCUGCUGACGCUGUCUGAUCAGGUUUACAUCCAGCCAGAACCCCUGGGUGUGGUGCUGAUCAUUGGAGCCUGGAACUACCCAUGGGCUGUCACUAUCCAGCCCCUCAUUGGGGCCAUCGCAGCAGGGAAUGCUGCCGUAAUAAAACCAUCAGAGGUCAGUGCCAACACUGCCAAAGUUAUGGAAGAGCUGCUGCACCUCUACAUUGACAAGGAGAUGUAUCCAGUGGUCACGGGUGGGGUACCAGAGACACAGGAGUUGCUAAGGCAACGCUUCGAUCACAUCUUCUACACGGGGAACAGCACUGUGGGUAAAGUGAUCAUGGAGGCAGCAGCCAAAAACCUGACACCCGUGACGCUGGAGCUGGGCGGCAAGAGCCCCUGUUACAUCGACAAAAACUGUGACCUCACCGUCGCCUGUCGUCGUAUCGCGUGGGGAAAGUACACUAACUGCGGCCAGACUUGCAUUGCGCCCGACUACAUUCUCUGUGACCCCAGCAUCCAGGACAGAGUGAUUGAGGAGAUCAAAAAAAGUGUAAAGGAGUUCUACACAGAGGACCCAAAGACUUGCCCAGACUAUGGUCGCAUCAUCAAUCAGCGCCACUUUAAGAGAGUGAUGGCAUUGUUAGAAGGCAGCAAGGUGGCUAUGGGAGGAGAAAAUGACGAAUCCCAGUGCUACAUUGCUCCCACGGUCCUGAGGGACGUAAAUCCCGACGCCAAGGUUAUGCAGGAGGAGAUCUUUGGGCCCCUGCUGCCCAUCCUGACUGUCGACAGUGUCGACGAGGCCAUCGAGUUCGUCAACCAGAGAGAGAAACCGCUCGCCCUCUACAUCUUCUCCACUGACAGCAAGCUGAUCAAGAAAAUGAUUGAUGAGACGUCCAGUGGAGGAGUGCUGGCCAAUGACUGCUUGGUCCAUUUCUCCGUCAGCUCUCUCCCGUUCGGCGGCGUGGGUAACAGCGGCAUGGGCUGCUAUCACGGCAGGCACAGCUUCGACCAGCUGAGUCACCUGCGUGGCUGUCUGAUAAAACAACUGAAGAUGGAGGGGAUGAAUAGCAUGCGUUACCCGCCUCACACGGCAAAGAAGCUGGAUUGGGCCCGUUUCUUCCUCCUCAAAGAAGUAGACCUCGCUCGACUGUGGCGCAUGGCGCUCUUCACCGUCUUCACUGUUAUCACAGCUGUGGUCCUACAGAGGUAUCUACUGUAAGACUGCAGAAUCACAGGGAGUAGGCCUCUCUGUUUGGAGGUAAAGGACCAGACAGCCCAGGGACCUGCUCACUUAGAAACUAAUGCCCCUGCUUAUGUGCAGCUUUAGUCUGUUCUCCAGUCAAGCCUUAAAUGUGACAGCAAGAGCCUUAAUACAGAUGGACUGAUACUGGCCCAAAUGAAGAGACACAUACCUGGUUAACUGAAGGAAUGCUGAUCAUUAAAGUAGCUAAUUACAGAAAUAGAUUUGAAUCCUACUCAUGGCACUUUAACUAGUGUUUUGCUUGCUAACACUUCCAUUCUGGCUCAUGUCUUUUUGAAGUACCUUGUCAAUUCAUUUUAUAUAGACGAUUUUUGUGGUGUCAUUACAUUGUGUAAUCAUAUUACAUAUCAUGUAUAAUCAUAUUAUUUCCUAACGCUGUACUCUACCGUAUACUAAUAAGUCUAUUUAAGAUUUAACAUGAACUGAAGUAUGUUUCCAGACAUUUCAAAUCCUUGUUUUGAAGGACACUUCCGAUUUAAAGCCAGCUGUUUUUCUUGUACGCUGUGUUUUUUUCUGAACUUAUGAACAGGAAGUGAUUCAACCCUGUUAGGUUUAAAUGAAGGUAUACUUAAGAUCAUUGUAGCAAUGCCGUUAUGUCAUUUUACUUUGAUAUUCACUGUUUCUGAUAAAGGACCUCUGUGUAGUGUUAGAAAAUGAUGUCAGGUUUGAUGUGGACUGUAACUCAAAUCUGACAUUCAACAUUCACAUUAUAUACAGCUAUAUCAUUGUCACAGGAAAGAUGGUACUAAGUUUCUGGAGAAUAUUAAGGUUAUGUAUUGUCCCUCCAUUUCAUUGUUUUAACUUUUUUUAAGUUUAAUUUUACCACAUAAUGAAUAAUUGAAAGAUUAAGAUCAUUUGUAUCUGAAGAAUAAAUAGUUACUUCCUUGUG